AUGAGUUGUGCCGAUAGCUAUUCCGGUUAUUACCCGCCGGACUGGCCGUACGGUUAUUCCAACGGCAAUGUUCAGCCACCACCUCCAUACCCCAGUCCGCCGUCAGGAUCAGAAGCCUGGCUGCCAAAUUCGCAUUUCCCGCCGCAGGGCGCUUCGGGCAACUUGGCGCCCCUUGCCAAUACUUAUAAAUGGAUGCAUACAAAGCGGACGGUGAAGCCAGCCCCCAAAAAGAAGGUGAUCGACCCCGACAACCAGAACCGCACCAACUUCUCCACCCACCAACUCACCGAGCUCGAAAAGGAGUUCCACACCGCCAAAUAUGUAAAUCGAUCCCGGAGAACGGAGAUCGCCAACUCGUUGAAGCUGAAUGAGGCCCAGGUGAAAAUCUGGUUUCAAAACCGGCGGAUGAAGGAGAAGAAGCGGGAAAAGGAGAAGGCGUUUUUGGCGAAAAGUGGUGGGUUU